UUUUUUCUUGCCACCAACGAUGGACACGAUUCUGGCACCGACGACGUUCCCGAUGACGCUGCCGCCAUCGCCACUGAAAGCGAGCGUAUACGAGUUUGACCCGGCGACCGCGGCGGGCGUCCAAGGGCAGAUCAUCGUGCACUACAAGAAGCACGGCGCUCGCAUCCACGCGCACUUGGAUCUGCGCAAGGCCAACUGGACGGCAUUGAGUGCGAACGACGCCAACUGCACGGGUCCCGUCGAUACCUUUGGCUGGCAUCUGCACACCAAGUGGGCGCAUUCGAACGCGACAUCGGCCUUUGGCGCUGGCUGCAGCCUCGCUGCUGCUGGCAACCACUACGACCCGGGCCUGGCCUGUGGCCUGAGCUCCGAGCACAAACUUGACAAAUGCGCAUCCAAGGUACCUAGCGUCACGUACAACUGCACGGCGGCGACGUACGCUCGUAACGCUUCGGCCUGCGAAGCCGGCGAUCUCUCAGGCAAGUUUGGUACCAUGGUCGCUCGCCACGGACACAUUCGCAAGACGUGGCACGACCGGCACUACCCGUCGUCAAGUGAGGUGACGCCGCAAUGGAACUUAAUGCUGCACGCGGUCUGCGGGUCGUCGACGCCGCGCUUUGUCUGCGCGAUCGCUGACAAUAGCAAAGCAUCGUGGCACCGCACGCACAAGGACGAUCUGAGCAAGGUCAACGUCGAUAUUGACAUUGACAAUGACGAUAUUGACGUUGACAUUGACAUUGACAUUGACGACGACGCGCGCCACGAUCAUCAUCGUCGUCACGGUUCGAGCCAUGGACAGCCGUAGCCUGAGUGUGUAACUUGAAUAUAUCUACAAAGCCCAGUCGCAA